CUCAGUUUUGGAGACACACUCAAAAGCUCAGAGUGAUGACCUGAAGAUCAGCUCCGUCUCUUCUCCGGCAGCAUUUCGUUAAUCUAAAUGAACAAGUUAACGCCUGAAGUGUGUGUGUGUAAAGGUUGUUUUAUUUUUUACCAACAUGGAUUUUUGUUUUCCCGGAAAGUGAACUGGUUGGCGUGACUUCGCUAAAUAUGUUUGAUGGAUGAAAGAUAACAUGUCAGGAGAAUUUAGUGACAGAAAUGAGGAAGGCUCCUCCGGGACGGUCCUUUCUCCAUCCUUCAACUCCAGCUGCGUUUUCAACAGCACCAACUGCUCGCACCGGGGCUUCCACAUGUCAGACUUUGGGAUAGCUGAAUUUGUUGGAGAUGGCGCUGCUGUCGUGAGGAUUACUAUCUCCGUCAUUUACUCCCUGGUCUGUGCUCUUGGUCUGGUGGGGAACUUACUGGUUUUGUACCUGAUGAAGUCCAAACAGAUGUGGAGAAAAUCCUCCAUCAACCUUUUCGUGACAGGUUUGGCGGUGACCGACUUCCAGUUCGUCCUGACACUGCCGUUCUGGGCAGUGGAGAACGCGCUGGACUUCACCUGGCCCUUCGGCAAAGCCAUGUGCAAGAUAGUAUCCUACGUGACAGCCAUGAACAUGUACGCCAGCGUGUUUUUUCUCACGGCCAUGAGCGUGGCGAGGUACUGCUCCCUCGCCUCUGCGCUCAAAGGAAGGCGGCGGAGGACGCACUGUUCGUCCGCGCGCUGCGUCUCUGUCCUCAUCUGGUUCUCCGCCGUCUCUGCCGCGCUGCCGCACGCGGUUUUCUCCACCACCGCGACCGUUUCCAACGAGGACCUGUGCCUCGUCAAAUUCCCAGAAACAAACGGCUCGGCGCAGUUCUGGCUGGGACUCUACCACUCGCAGAAAGUGCUGCUGGGCUUUUUGGUGCCGCUGGGGGUCAUCUGCGUGUGUUAUCUGCUGCUUUUGCGGUUCAUCACCAACAAAAACAUCAACACAUCGAGCGCAAAGCGGCGCGCCAAGGUCACCAGGUCUGUCACCAUUGUGGUUCUGUCCUUUUUCCUGUGCUGGCUGCCCAACCAGGCGCUCACUGCCUGGGGCAUCCUCAUCAAACUGAACGCGGUGCAUUUCACCUAUGAGUACUACACCAUGCAGGUGUUUGUGUUCCCCGUGUCCGUGUGCCUGGCGCACUCCAACAGCUGCCUGAACCCCAUCCUGUACUGCCUGAUGAGACGGGAGUUCAGAAAGGCGCUGAAGAAUCUCUUCUGGCGCAUGACCUCUCCAUCUGUGACCACCUUAAGACCAAUCACUGCCUCAAUAAAGCCGGAGCUGGACGAGCGCGGACACGCGCUCGAGGUCGGGAACGCACCGGCGGCGCUGGACGUGGUGUUUUAUCCCCCGGGGGCUGUCAUUUAUAACGACAGGCGAGACCUACCGCAGAACAGCACUUAGCGCCAUGUGAAGACCUGGCAGCUGCGCUGAUGGGGAAUUAUGCGCACCAGUUCAAGUGAAAUACAUUUUAACGAAAAUUAAGGAGAAAACAGUGUUGGAUCAAUCACCAUGCUCCUAUUUGUCCACAGAAUGAACACAUCCAAACUUUCAACACUUAUUUUGUCUUUUGUUCACUAGAAGCAGCUAAAACACCCACUCUGUUUUUUUAAUGUGCUGUUUGUUCUCAAAUGUCACAAAUGUUUAGUAAAGCUGUCAGUGGAAUGUUGGACACCUGCUGGUUCUCCUCUUUGAUCAGGAUGACAUUCCCUGUUGAAGAAUUUCAUGUUCCAGAUUUAAAACGAGGCCAGUUCCACAGAAGACUGAUGGUUGGUCACACAUCUCAACAAGACAGCUGAGGUUUCAAAAGCUGUUAUUUCAAAUAAAGAGUUGGACUGAAAAAAGACGCUAUUGUGCAAGCAGGAUAACUUCCUUCCUAGAAUGCUUGAAUUUGUUUUGGGGCAUAUAGUUAUAAUAUUUUUAUUUUUCAUUCUAAUUUGGGCAAAUAAAGCCUAUAUAACAUAAACUAAUGAUUUUAACAUACAGCAGUCUAAUGUUCUCCAUUUGGAUUUAUUUUUAUUUAUUUUUUUUGCUCAAAGGAUGUUUAAGAAAUUACAGGAAUUAAAUGAAUUUCAGCUGACCUUCUGGCUGAAAGGUCAAAUAACACAUUUGGAAAAUUAAUUGAAAAAAAAAGGAUAAUUAUUCAAAACCUUUUGUUUAAUAAUUAACCUACAAAGAUGUAAAUCCAUCCUUUACACCCGCUCAUCCUUGCCGGGUCGGGCAGGGCUGGCGCCUAUCCGCUGUCUGGCCAAACAAACAAAUACAUCCUGGACUUGUCAGUCCAUCACUGGUCAUGCAAAUAAUAUUUCAAAAUGAAGUUAAACACACAUAGUUAUUUGACUUAUGUAAAAUGUGUCAUCUUUUAUUAACUGAGACAAAGCAGGAAUUCAGUAGAAAUAAAAAAAUAAUAAUAACAGAAGUCAGAAUUUGAUCUGAGCUGUGAAGAACUCACAUUCAUGUUUGCAUCACUUGCAUCCUUUUCUUUUUAAAGGCAUGAACAACCCUAAAUAAACCCCGGGCAACUUAAUAAUAAUCUACAAAUUACAGAUGGUAUAUUUUCUGUGACUCAGUUACAUUCUAUGCAUCCAUGCUUGAUUAAUUAGCAUUUAUUUUGCCCAUAGAAGAAAAACUGGAUGAAGAUCCAAAGCGAAUGCAGCAAAAUUAUGGAAUUUAAACGUGUCAAAGUGUUUAAUUAAAAGCUAAUUUGCUCUAUCUGAGUGUUUUUGAGAGACAAAGUCACCAAAUAGAAACACAAAUAAAUGUCAGCUUGGAUUCAGAAACUCAUCAUUGACCCUCCUGUAAAACCCAAACAAGCAGUGCAAAGGAAAACAGCUUUGAUUGUUCUUUGGCACAUGAAAGCAAGGUUAAUUUAAUUAGAGAGAAAUGAGGGAGACGGUGUGUGUGUGUGUGUGUGUGUGUGUGUGUGUGUGUGUGUGUGUGUGUGUGUGUGUGUGUGUGUGUACAGGUACAGGACCAGGCUAAUAAAUUGAUACAACAGAGCAAUCUGUCAUGUGGGUGAUGAAUGUCACAUCAAU